AUGAACUUGGGACGAAUUCAACAACAACAACAAUUACAACUGCGACGACAACAACGGCAACUACUUCUACAACUACAACGACAACAACCACUACCAAAACCACAACAUCAACUACUACCACUUCGACAACAUCAACUACUACCACAACAACAACAUCAACUACUACCAAAACCACAACAUCAACUACUACCACUUCGUCAACAUCAACUACUACCACUUCGACAACAUCAACUACUACCACAACAACAACAUCAACUACUACUACUUCGACAACAUCAACUACCACCACUUCAACAACAUCAACUACUACUACGUCAACCACCAGCAGAACUACAACUAGUCAGACAACCACUACUUCUACUAGUAGUACUUCAACAACAUCAACAACUACCCAGACAACAAUCACUUGUGUUCGCUCCCGUUGGCAUCUAUGCAUUGACAAUUCCGACGUGUGCCACAUGGAAUGAAACUGGAAUAACAAUGGGGGGUAAUAGUAAUGGAAGUGUAGGAUCUGAUUUACUAUCUCUUAGUAGUCCAGUGAGUAUUUUUAUUGAUAAUAAUGAUAAUCUGUUCGUUUGUGAUCGAGACAAUUAUCGGAUACUCAAAUUUACUCCUAAUUCCACUACUGGAAUUAUUGUCGCAGGCAAUGGAACGGCUGGUAAUGAAUCUAACCAAUUGAGAGGACCUAAAGGUGUUGCUAUUGAUCAAUAUGGUGAUAUAAUUGUUGCUGACAGUGAUAAUUAUCGAAUUCAAAAAUUUAUCAAUGGUUCCACAUCGGGUAUUACAUUAGCUUUCAAUUCAUCAAUAAAUCCUCUCGGUCAAAUGCGGGAUUUACAUAUUGACGUCAAUAAUAACAUAUACGUUACUGAUUCAGACAACAAUCAAGUUGUGAAAUUUAUUCCUUUUUCAUCGAUUGGUGUCGUCGUAGCAGGUGGUGGUCCGCCUGGUCCAGGAACCGAUCAGCUGUCGGGUCCAUUUGGAAAUUUUAUAGAUCCAAAUGGAACAUUGUAUGUAGCUGAUGAUCAGAAUUUUCGCGUAAUGAAAUAUUUUCCUGGAUCAUUGAAUGGAACCAUAGUAGCGGGUAAUGGAACAGCAGGCUCAAAUGCAUAUCAACUGUCUCGUUCUAUAUCAGUAAUCGUUGAUAAUAAUGGGUCAGUUAAGUAUAUCUAUGUGGCUGAUUAUGGCAAUGCAAGAAUCAUGCGUUGGACAACGAAUUAUGCGGCUGGUGGUGUCUGUGUUAUUGGUUGCACGGGAUCAUCAGGUGUAGCUGCCACUCAAUUACGCGGCCCACGAGAUUUAAAAUUUGAUAGACAUGGUAAUAUUUACGUAACUGAUCAGGCAAAUCAUCGAAUACAAAAAUUUAUGAUCCAAAUACCUGCAUCAGGUUGUUCUAGUAAGUCAUCAAAGUGA